UUAACUGUUAAAAAUCUGGAUAUCUGAGAAAACCUCGCAGUGAGCGAGCUGAGAGUAGAAGCUGCAGAACAUCUCCUGCUGAGUCUCUGUCAGUUUGAUGUGGAUGUGGCUGGUCAACAAGAGCUUCCCAAAGUUAACUCAGCUAAAAUGGACUUAAACAGGUGACAGUGGAUGGAUCUUCAUGUAGGAAUUUCAUGCACUAUGGAGGCGUUUGCCAGGCAGAGCUGUGUUUGGAUACUUCUGAGAGGGACAAUUUGUUUGUUUGUUCUUGGUGAACAUUAUGGCAGCUUCACCUUUUGCAAGGGAGAUGCACCAGAGCUUAAUGGAGAUCAACACCCAUUUAAACAGAAAAACUGGGCUCCCAAAGCAAGGAGUUUGGAUCAGAACCAAAAACUUUCCAUAUUGCCACUUAUAAAGCAGGAACAUCUGGAAAUAGUUGGAGAAAGUCCCCAGCCUUACUCCAAUCCAUCCUCAAAGUUACAGCGCCGUCCUGUCAUGAAAGUUCACGGAUCAUCUAAAUUCUACCGGACGUUCAGUUGGGGUGACUUUUACUCAAACAUCAAAACUGUCAAAUUGAAUUUGCUGAUAAUGGGCAAGAUUGUGGAUCACGGGAACGGUUCCCUUGGAGUCUACUUCCGCCACAACUCCACCGGGGUUGGCAAUGUUUCUGUCAGUCUCGUCCCACCCAUUAAAGAGGUGGAGUUUGAUCUUGAGCGCCAAAGUGUGGUCAACCCCAAAGACUCGAAGACGUUUAACUGCAGGGUGGAGUAUGAGAAAACUGAACGUAACAAAAAGGUGAUGCUGUGCAACUAUGACCCCUCCAAAACAUGUGCUCAGGAGCAGACGCAGAGCCACGUCACCUGGGUCUGCUCCAAACCCUUCCAAGUCAUCUGCAUCUACGUGUCUUUCUAUGGCACGGACUACAGGCUGGUUCAAAAAGUCUGCCCGGACUACAAUUACCAGAGUGCAGAAGCAUACCUACCCAAAGGUUAACCAGAAGUCAAGCCAAGGACAAUAUUUUGAAUGUUUGAGUGGCUGUGACAUUUUUUGAUUGACUUUAAUAGAAGAUUUUAAAGGGAUUCAAUGUUGUGUUUUUAUUCAAGUCUUACAAUUUACAAAAUAUUCUAUAGUAUAUGUUAGGGUGCACUAUCUUGCUUGUUGUAGACAACAAUAUUUGUCUGAGACUGUGUAAAUUAAAAA